AUGUAUGAUGCAUGCAUCGGUCAGUGGGAUUGGAUACAAGCGGAACUCCCUGCUUAUCCCUUUGUUCAACAACACUCAGAGCUAUUCAACUUUAAUACUUCCUUUAUGGGGGAAUUAGAGUCUACAUACAAAGAGUGUGGCUAUCAAGAGUACUUCGAGAAGUACUUUACUUUCCCAGCUUCUGAGGUGCAGCCAGUCAGACACAUGAAUUAUUCCGAUUGCGAUAUUUACAACAUGAUCUACUACGAAGCCUUUAAUCCAAACCCAUGUUGGAAUCCCUAUAGGGUCAGUCAAACAUGUCCUCUGCUGUGGGAUGUCUUAGGAUUUCCUACCGAUCUUGCGUAUGAACCGGCUCCUACGACAUAUUUCAAUCGAACCGAUGUCAAAAAGGCUCUUCAUGUACCUGAAAGUGUUGACUGGAGCUUGUGCAGCUCCGAAAAUGUCUUUGUCGGUGAUAAUCCAGGGCCUGAGCAACAAUUCGAUACGUCUCUGAAUCCUACCGAGAGUGUUCUUCCCCGCAUUAUUGAAGCAACAAACAGGGUUCUCAUUUCAAAUGGAGACUGGGACUAUCUGAUUAUAACCAAUGGAACGCUUCUGGCAAUUCAGAAUAUGACUUGGAAUGGGGAGUUAGGCUUUCAGACUCGCCCGGCGACCCCCGUCAAUAUUGAAAUGCCCGACUUGCAGUGGUCUGCAAUCUUUAAUGCCCAAGAUGGAUACGGUGAUCUAGAUGGCCCUCAAGGACUUAUGGGCAUCCAACAUUAUGAGCGGGGCUUGAUGUUUGCGGAGACAUUCCAGGCAGGCCAUCGACAGUCCCAGGAUCAAGGUCGACUGUCUUAUCGUCAUGUCCAGUGGAUGUUGGGUAAGAUCGAUCGUCUUUGA